AUGGUCCCUUCAACGAAUUCGGGAAUGUUUGACGCACUCGAUGAAUUUCUCGGCCGCUUCCACUGUGAGGAGCCUGGCAGGAGGAAACACCAUCAAAGACCGCUUUUCGGUCAUAUAUAUAUGCCAAGCUAUCGGCUAGAGGGUGUAUCGAUAGUCGAGCAUAUUCGCCAGUCUUUCGAAGAGACUGCGCCUCUUUUCUUCGUCACCUCGAAGCAGGAGGCACAACUCGGCUCUGGACUCCAGACCGAUUGUCAAGUCCCCCCGGUGACGAUGCUCUACCAAGAGCUUCUCCAGAUUUUGAGGAGGGAUAUGGACGUGGAGACCAUUGAAGAUUGGCAUUUCCUUCCGACAGCCCACAAUGAGCAUGGUAGGCUUCCUCUCACAGUAGUGGUCGUGUUACAGCUCGAUCCUACCGUGCCAGCUGAUUGUGCGCUUUCACUGGCUUGUCUUGUUGAGUGGGAUGGCGACUUUCUUUCCGCGUUUGUUGCGUCAGCGCAGCCUUCUAUCCCAAUGACAACUGUCGAUUUGGUUGCUCCUGGUCGCUCAGACUCUUUCUCUGACUGUCUAGUAUCAGAAGGCAAGGAUGACGGGGGCAGAGAUACUUGA